AUGGGCACCCAGCUGGAAACCCCUUCUGGGGCUCCUACAGGGACCACCCCCAAAUUCUCACGAUAUCGAUCCGUCCGUCGUGCUGCAGCUGAAGCGCAAAAUCAAUGGACCGGAGAUGCGCCACCAGUCAAAAAUGAGACCAUUGCGCGAAGCAUGUCUCGCUAUCGUCGGCCCAAAACAGCAAAUGGAGCGCCUGCGAAUUGUCCUCCUGUGCCAUCACUGCCAGUCUCAGCACAGCUACCACAACCCGUCAGGCCACGGGCCGAGGAAGCUCUCAGUCCGCUUAGUGGUGCUUCUCACUCUGAAAAGGUUCAGUCUCCAUUGUCGGACCGCGAGGACGAAGAUCAGCUAUCAGAGGCUGAGAAGGCGCGUAUGAGGGAAGAAGCGAUGCGGAAGCUGACCAUGGCAGAGCGGCCUAAGGCAUCGGCUAUGCUGCCUCAGGCUCAUCAAGACAGCCGCAGCAAAUCGGCUCCGGCAAACGACAGAGAGAGAGGGCAGAAGGGAGUCGCUGGGCACAGCAGGCGCGCAUCGUGGAAGGACCGAUUGGGGUUAUCCCACCACAAGAAAGAAGAUACCACCAACACUAACAACAGCAACAACAACAACAACAUAGCCCUUGCAGACCCUGGCCUUGAUGCCCCCGUCUCCGCAGUCAAUGCUGGCGAGCGAAGAGUCCUGGUGAAAUGCAAGUCUAGCUCCAUCAGACUACCUGUCACGCCCACCACGCGAGUCAAGGACAUCGUCUUUUCUGCUGCUAAUUGUUUUUCUGAGAGCAUCGAUCCUAGAAAUGCCAUCAUCCUCGAGUCGUUCGCGUCCCUGGGUCUCGAGCGACCCCUGCGUCGAUAUGAGCAUGUGAGAGACGUGUUGAAUUCGUGGUCGUCAGACGAUGCCAACGCGUUGAUCAUUUCAGAUCCACCAUUUGACGGCGCCAGUCGAAAACUAGAGCUUCAUGCUGCUCCCACCACACAACCAAAGGACGCCAAAUUCUAUCUCUACCAUUCCUCGAAACCGGGCAAAUGGGACAAGCGAUACAUCACAUUGCGCGCUGAUGGUCAGGUUGUGCUCUCGAAAAAGUCAGAUGCAAAGGAAGCAAAGGACUUUACAAAUGUUUGCCACAUGUCUGAUUUCGAUAUCUAUACUCCCACAGCGCGACAAGUAGCUAAAAGUAUCAGGCCGCCUAAGAAGAUAUGCUUUGCUAUCAAAAAGAAUUUCGUGCGUUUCUUUGCCGCUAGUGACUCCACCAUUGCACAAGAUUUUCACGAUGCAGUCCAUGCUUGGCGCAGCUGGUACCUUGUUCAUGUUUUGGAAGUUGGCAAGGCUCAAAAUGAGACAGCCCAUAUCAUUCCAACUCCAAAGUCUAGAGAUGGCCACAGCUCUCCUACUCAACACCAACGCCAUAUAUCGACUGAUACAAUCCCAUACCAACUGGGCUCAUUCACGCCUCUAAUUGAGUUUGGUCGCAAUGCAGAGCCUACUGUGGCAGUAUAUGAGAAGUUAGUUGAGGAACCUAGUGCAACAAGCCGGGAUAUGUUCUUGCGCAAGAAAAAGACAAGAGAUCAUGCACCCCCUCCUUCUUCCUUCCCUGUGAAUCUCCCUGCAUUAGAGACAAAGAAAGAAGCGUUAUCUCCACCGGAUGAUGAUUCUACAUUUUCACCAGAUAGUCUCCUUGGAAGAACAUACAGUGAACGACAGGCAGCUCAGCGUGAGAGAGAAGGGACUGAAUCUGACCCAUUCCUCUCACAUGGCUUGCUGAAAAAUCUGAGUCCCACAAGCACUGAUCAAUCUUCCCAGAUUAUGCCAUUCAGCAAUCCCUCAAGUAGACAGAACAGUCGCUCAAAUACAGUCCGCUCUCAUCAUCACCCUGCAGAGGGCUUCUCGCAUAGUCGGUCGAAUUCUGUGCGUCAGAAAGGAAAACCACUGGUCGAUCUUACUCCUACAUAUAGAGAACCACCUCACCAUGCAAGAAAAGGCCAUGGAGUCAAAGUCGACUCGGGAAUACCUCUGGUCGAAGUAGCCACUGGGUUGGAAGCUAUACCAGGCGUACCGACCAUUCCUUCAGCUACUACCUGGAGACGAGACGAAGCCGCACCAGCACCUAUCCCUGGUCAUCGUCGAGCCAAUACAGUGAAAAGUCAGCAUCAUAAUCAUGUUCCGGUAUUGGAUACCUAUGUCAGUCCAUCCGGUGCUACCUCGUUCACACCGAAUGGCCUUGUAGCUCUUGCUUCACCAGCCACUCAGACUAACACGAGUGUCGGUCGUGGUGUCGCUACUGGUGAUCGCCAUGCUACUCGUCCUUUACUUGAUAUGACUCCGCAAAGUCAAUUCGCUGAGGGAAGUUUGCUACGGAGUAUUGAAAAGUUGUAAUGUAGGGGGUCUGUCGUUGACGGAGAAAUUUUGAAUCUACAAUAAUUUUCCUGGAGUUUGGAUAGCAGUUUGGUCUAUACCCUUUCUUUUUCGGAUAUCCUUCUUUUUGACAAGAGGAUUUUCUUUUUCUUUUUUAUUUGGGAGAUUUCAUACCAUGGACUCUCUGUGAGCCUAUGCUUAUUGGAUUACUGACGACUCAAUUUUUAUUCAUUAAAGAUAGCUCGCUUUUGUAGUAAGCAGCAUGUAAAGUAUUGAAAAAGUCAAGAAAAUGACGUCGCCAAAAGCGGGACAGCUCCCC